UCGCGCAGUCGCGCUCGCGCUGCACGGCGUGGCCCAAGGCUUGGCAGCGGCCGCAGCACCACGCGGGGGUAGGGGGAUUGUUUACAACGAGCACGUGGACGGGUCCAGGACGCCGUCGAAGCCGCCGACGGUGGCCGUCGCCGUCGCCGUCAACCGCGCUCCAGGACUCGACGACCACGCUCCCCACGAACCAAAGCAGUGACUCGCCAUGGCUAGGAAUCGAAAACCGCUGACCAAGGAGCAGCUGGAGCGCGCGCGGUGGAGGGCGCGGCAGCGCCAACGCAUGCUUCGCCGCCAAGACCUGCAAGCUUUCACUCAGAUGGUCACAACGGGAAAGUACCGCACCGCAGUACAACGCGCAAAGGACAAAAUUCUGGAAAGACGCGCUGCCAAAGCCAAUCCAGAAGACAAAAGGCCUGCACGAGGGGGCAGACCUCGAAAGUCGACUAAAGAACAGAAUGGGGGCAAACCUCGAAAGUCGGCUAAAGAACAGAAAGGAGGCAAACCAAGUCAGCCGACUGACCAGCAAGAAGGCAAACCUCGUCGGCAGAUGACUGAAGAUCAGCGGGAGCGCAAACGGCAGAGGGACCGGGAAAGACGUGCAAAAGCCAAGUUAUCUGAAGGCAGCGGGUCAGCACCAGAGGAACAGCAAGGAGGCAAACCUCAACAGUCAGGCGAACAACAGCAAGAAGGAAAACGGCGACCGUUGACCGAAGAGCAGCGGGAGCGCAAACGGCAGAGAGACCGGGAAAGACGCGCCAGGGCCAAAUUACCAGCAGGCAGUGAGCCAGCACCAGAAGAGCUAGGAUGCCUGUUGACCGAACAGUGGACAGACGAACAGCAAAGAAUCGAACUUCGAUGGCUGGCUGCAGAACAACAAAGACUCGAAUCUCAACAAUUAACUGAAGAACAGCAAGAAAGCUACCCUCAACAGUGGACUGAAGAACAGCCGAAAAGCCAAACUCGACAAUUGACUGCCGAACAGCGGGAGCGCAAGAGGGAGCGGGACCGAGAGCGUUCGAAGCUCAUGCGUGGCAGGUACCACGAGAAACCUCGAACGCCACAGCAACGUGAGAGAGACCGACUGCGUGCCCAGGCGGCCCGCCACAGAGCCAAACUCGUGCGCUACGGACCGGCACAGCAGCAAGAAGGCGAAGUCAAAGGAUACAUACCCAAGGAUCUAACGGAAGAACAGAGAGCAAGGAAGAUCGAGCUGCAGCGGAACCGAAGAGCGAUGCGCAGAGCUGCAGGCAAGGAGCAGGCCAAGAGCCUGGGCACUGCAGAGGGCAGCAAGGACUGCCAUGACCCUUCGCCGGCCCAUGCGUUGCAGUCUGACGAAGGAUGCGUGGAGGACGAGGACGACGAUGAGGCCACUCCAGCCGACUAUCUUUCGGUGGAAAUUAAAGUUGAGCCCGUCGAGGGCGAUCCCAGCGGUGACCCCGCUUCUACCUAAAGACUGAAAAUCUUGCUCGAACUGUGAUAUUUUAGAUACGCUUUAAGUUUUCCAACGGGUUUUUGUAAUUAUGGUAAGAUUGUUUAAGGAAUUAGGAAAUCACGAAGAGAACUUUUUAUUUUUCAUGGAUGUGAGAGCCAAAAAUGUGUAUGACUAAAGACCAGUGCUUUGACAUCAA